UAUUCACACACAACGGCGAACAGAGAGGGGGCGGUCUCAAGUAAGAAAAUUAUAAGGUCAUUGGAAUUACCAGGGUUACAAUGAAGCGAUAGCAGAUAAGAAUGAAAAAAAUGAAUUAAACGGGAGCAAAGUCCAACCAAAGAAGCCGUACUUGUUAGGCAAACACAGGCGUGUGGUGGUUACACACCGGCACGUGUGAAUCAGCGCAGGUAAACGCGGUGGAGGUUUCGCUUAAGCCGAUCAAGGUGGGAUUGAACGGAACAGGUUCCCCUUCUGCCUUAAUACACGCGCUAUCGUCAUCACGGAGACCGAAACUGAGGAUGUUUAGGUUGGCAUGCUCCACGGCCCUGCUCUUCAUUCUCAGGCUGCUCAUAGCCUUAUCCUGGUUCCAGGUUGUACCAGCCAUCCUCAUUUUCUAUCUGGGUUCUGGAGGAUGGAAGACCCUCGAUGUGUUCGUAAAGACCAUUUACCGUGACUUGCAUGCAGCCAGUGUUUUGCUGAGGGUAAAACUGAAUGUCAAAAAGCAUCUACGUGAGCGGAACACCGUCCCCAAACUUUUCGCCAAGUCUGUUCAGAAAUACGGUGACAAGACGGCUCUAGUUUUCGAAGGGACAGGCGAGAAAUGGAGCUUCAGACAGUUAGAUGAUUACUCCAACCGUGUGGCUAACCUGCUUCUUCAGAGGGGCUUUAAGGAAGGCGACGUGAUCGCUCUGUUCAUGGAGAACCGCUCGCAGUAUGUGGGCCUCUGGCUGGGCAUGGCAAAGAUCGGAGUGGAGGCGGCACUCAUCAACUUCAACUUGAGACUGGAGGCCCUGGUUCACUGUGUUAACAUCUCCAGCGCAAAAGCUGUGGUGUUCGGCAUUGAACUUACAGAUGCAAUGUGCGAGGUGCACAGCUCAAUGGGAAAGACUGUUAAGCUGUUCUGCUCUGGAGAAUGGGACCCCAAACGGGUUCCUGAAGGAACAGAGUGUCUCGAACCACUCCUGGAGGCGGCCCCUACAUACAGGCCCGAAGAACCAGAUCGCAGCUUUACAGAUCGCCUUUUUUACAUUUACACAUCAGGAACCACUGGAAUGCCAAAAGCUGCUAUCGUAGUGCACAGCCGGUAUUACCGCAUGGCUGCCCUGGUGUACUAUGGCUUCAGAAUGAAGUCUGAGGAUGUGCUUUAUGACUGCUUACCACUGUACCAUUCAGCAGGUAAUAUAGUGGGGGUCGGCCAGUGCCUGGUCCAUGGAAUGACAGUUGUCAUCAGGAAGAAGUUCAGUGCUUCAAAGUUCUGGGAUGACUGUAUCAAAUACAACUGUACUAUCGUGCAGUACAUUGGUGAGAUCUGUCGCUAUCUGCUCAACCAGCCAAAGAAGGACACUGAGCGACAGCACAAAGUGCGCAUGGCCCUCGGUAACGGCCUCCGCCAGUCCAUCUGGGAGGAGUUCACAAGCCGCUUCAACGUACCACAGAUCGCAGAGUUCUACGGAGCAACCGAGUGUAACUGUAGCCUGGGCAACUUUGACAACAAGACGGGGGCUUGUGGCUUCAACAGCCGGAUUUUGCCCUACUUCUACCCCAUCCGCUUGGUGAAAGUGGACGAGGAGACCAUGGAGCUGAUCAGAGGACCUGAUGGAGUUUGUAUCCCAUGUGGCCCAGGUGAACCAGGUCAGUUGGUUGGCAGAAUCAUUCAGAACGACCCUCUCAGACGGUUUGACGGCUACGUCAACCAAUCAGCCACUAAUAAGAAGGUUGCCAAUGAUAUCUUCAAAAAGGGAGAUAGUGCCUACCUGUCAGGGGAUGUGUUGGUGAUGGACGACUACGGCUACAUGUAUUUCAGAGACCGUACAGGAGACACGUUCCGCUGGAAAGGGGAGAACGUCUCCACCACUGAGGUGGAGGGGACACUGAGCCGUCUGCUGGAUAUGAAGGACGUGGUGGUGUACGGAGUGGAGGUGCCAGGUGCUGAAGGUAAGGCAGGGAUGGCGGCCAUUGCAGAUCCAUAUCACAGCACAGACCUGGAGAAGUUUAGCAGGGAUCUGGAGAAAGCUCUUCCACCCUACGCUCGACCCGUGUUCCUACGCUUCCUACCAGAAGUGAACAAAACAGGAACUUUCAAAUUCCAGAAGACGGACAUGCGACGGGAUGGAUUUGACCCCAACAUCGUUUCUGAUAAACUCUACUUCUUGGACUGCACUAAGGGAAGGUAUAUAGAGCUGAAUGCAGAGCUCCACCGCAACAUCGUCUCAGGAAAGCAGAAAUUAUGAGACCACUGCCGACCUCCGCCCAUUCUCUCACUCUCCCUGAAACUCCGCCUUCAGCAGCCCUCAAACCCCGCACCCAUCCAAGCCCGCCCCUCGUUACCUCAGCAAACACAGUGAGGGGCUGCAGGAAUACAUCGUGGUCAUGUUCAAGUCCUCAUUGGUUAAUUUGGACACCCAAGCAACCCUGUUGUCGACAGCCAACCCCUUCUACGACGAGGAUGGGACUGGGACUGGGCUGGGCGAGGAUACGACCAUUUUGAAUGCAAAAAAAAAAGGUGGAAAUAUAAAAAGAAUAAAAGCAAUUUAGUAAACAAGAAUAAAAAAAAUAAAAAAUUGCAAUGAAAAAGCAAAAGGACCAAAUACACAUGUCUGUCGAACAGUAAAGCGUUCCCUUAGCCUGAGCUGCACAAUGCUUGCCUAGCUACAAGAUUCAGGAUUUGUGAUUGGCCCUGACUUGUUUUGAUGGGUUUGACGAGUAGCUGCCAUUGUGAAUGCACCCCAUUAAGCCAUGACCAAAAACCAUGUGAAUAGACGUCCAAUACAAACCCAGCACUGGCUCUGCACUUGUCUAGCUCCAUGACUUGAUCAGUGCUAUUUAUUUAAAUGUAAAACAUGCACCACAUACAGUAUAUUUAAGUUGUAGAGUAGCUUCUCAUCUAUUUCUGCCAUGAUUCUGUGUGCUACAUUGAAAACGUCUUGUACGAUUGCACUGCAACAGUGUCCAUUUAUUUAAAACUUUAGAUCCAAACAUACUAUACAGAAGUACAUUAACUCAUACCCUUCUGGCUAUGUAAGCACAUUUUUUAUGUGUCGUUGUGUUACAAAAUGUCAGACCGCAAUUUGUAUUGCAACACGUGUACACGCUGUAUUCUAGUUUGUUUGUUUUCUAAACCGACACCAGCGUAAGCGGUCUUCUUUUAUAGUACAUUUUCAAUUUCAAGUCAACUACUAUCAUGGCAGAGCAACUUUUUAAAGACAUUCUUGUUGCGCAAGUUAGUUUUACAUAAAUAUUAUUUUUUUAAAUGUGUAACCCAUGUAAUGUACUUAAAAAGUAAUUCACUUAAUUGAAAGUUAGUUACUGUAAUCUGAUUACAAGAAUUUAAAAUGUAAUGCAUUGCACUACUUUUUGACUAAAGUAAUUAACUACAGUAACUAAUUACUUUGUAAUCAGAUAACACCCAACAUGAUGCAUCGAGUUUAAUGGCACAAACAUUUAAAGGUAACUCUAUCGCUCCCUUGUGUACUGACUCUGAGGUUUGUUACCACCACAGUAAAUACUGUAUGUUCAAUUGGAGCCUGUGCUUGCAGUGUGUUGACCAAUCGUUCACGCUCAUUCAUUUGCAUACUUGUGUUAAAUAUGUUUUGGUCCUUAGUGUGCACUGACAGCAUGAAAACUUUCAUUUUCAUCAGUGUUUAUGCUGAUCGUUAGCGUGUGGCAGGGUGUAGGCCUGGUGCAACAUUGUGCAGACUGGGCGGCAUGGGUUUGCUUAGUUUACUAGACGUGUCGACCGUUGUGUUUUCCGACAAGGACAUCAUGGAUUCUCUACAGUACACUAUAGUGGACUUUGCAUGGAGGCUUCUGGAAGUUGUGUAAUACUCUGGUGCUAAAGAACGCAUCUCUUUUCAAUCUGCGUAGUGGGGGCCGACUUUACUGGAUAAGCUGUGAACUGGCCUUGCUCCUUAAUAGGAAGAGAUUGGAAGCAGGAGAAUGAAGGGAGUGUGAUGUUUAUGUCAUCUGUACCUUCUGAAUUCAAGUUUUUCUUUCAGCAGCAUGAAUGAUUGAUGCAUACAGAGCACUGUGCCUUACUGUCAGGUCACCACGUAGUGUUAUUGCUCUUGUCCUGUAUCAUUACACUCGACUCAGCCUGGUCAUCAUUCAUUUAGCUUAUUUACCCCAUUCCAUGUCACUUUAAAGCGAUAGAUCACUUAAAAAAUGAAAAUUCUGUCAUUAUUUACAUCUGUCAUCAGUUAACAGCCACUUAAGGGGACAGUUUUUUGUGAACAACUUAAAUUUCAAUCUUUUCCUCACACAAAGCUGUCAAAAAGAAAGUCAUAUGGGUUUGGAAUGAUGAGGGCGAGUAAAUGAUGACAGAAUUUUAUGUUUUUGGUGAACUAUUCUUGUAAUAUUUUAUUCUGAAGCUUGCUUCUGCUGUCCUAAUAGGCAUCCUUUCCCUGCUGUGAUAAUUUUUCCAUGAUCUUCUCUUACAAACUUUCCCACUCUCCCUCGUCCACUGACAGUUUAUUUAUAUCGUAGCAAGUAUUUAAGUGUGUGUGUGUGUGUGUGUGUGUGUGCACAUGCGAGGAGAUGAUUUUGUGCGACAGCCCUUGAAUUUCUCCAGUCACCAUUUUGUUUGCCACUGCACAUUAACAUACAGCACAGAUGAGAGGAAAACAAUAAACUGUGUUGACAUUUUAUGGGUGAAUCUCACAAAGAAAUGUCAAGGUCAUAUUUUACCCCAAAAUAAAAAAAUUAAGAAAUUUUAUUGAACAUAAGAAUAUGAAACUAUUUUUAGUGCCUAGCCUAUUUGUCAUGACAGUUAGGCAUGUCCCGUCCCCCCCCAUUCUCAUUUCCGUAAUGACAAAAAUAAAAAAAAAUCUCAUUCUCAUUACCGUAAUGUGAAAAAUCGCAUCCUCAUUUACAGAACUAAAAAUCUUUUUCAGAUUACCGUUAAAACAAAAACCAUUCUCAUUACCGUAAUGGGAAAAAUUUUGUUCUCUAUCAUAACAAAAAAUCGUAUUUUCUUUGCCGAAAUAACACAAAUUUUCAUUCUCAUUACAGUAAUGACAAAAAAACGAUCAUUCUCAUUAUCAUAAUGACAAAAAAAAACUAUCAUUCAAUAAUGAUGAUCUUGUCCAGACACCAUGAUUUUUUUCAAAUCAACAAACUCUCUCUACUGUACUUCUCACAUUAAAAUCAUAUAUAUAUAUACACACACACUACCGGUCAAAAGUUUUGAAACACUUGACUGAACAUAAUUUCUAUUUGUUUGUUUGUUAGAUUUUGGGGUGAAAUAUGAAUAGGGCAUGUUUUUGACAGUUUAAUGAGAUUCACCUAAAUUGUGGUACCGGAGAUCUAGACAUUUCAUUCAUCAAGCCCAGGGCACAGCAGUGAUGUAACUGGUUAGUCAGCCAUUAGUUUUCAUGUGAUUUGUCCUUUCAUUAUCGCUUGAAUUUUUUGACUUGGAUUUUUUAAGUAAUUUUGUCAAAUAAUGAGAUGUUCUCAUUUGUUGUGGGUUGAGCUUUAUUUUUCCUUUAAGCUUGCUAUCUUUUCUGUUUGUCUUUGUUCUGGGUGUGUGAAAUAGAGGGAAAGCACAUCUAACACCACAUUGAGAAAGAUCUGAGACUUAAUUUGAAGUCUGAAAUCUACUCUUCAUAUCUUUCUCAUUACGGUGUGUAUUAGUGUUUGUGUCCAAUGACAGCAAGAAUCCUUACUAGGGAACUUUGCUGAGGCCUUUCUUGAUAAUUUCUCUCCGUUAAAAGGUUAGUUCACAGUUCAAAAAAGAAUCUUUCAGCAAUCAUUUACUCACCUUGAUGUCAUUAAUUUGUUCCAGUGGAAUGCAAAAGAAGAAUUUUAGAGGAAUCUUUAUGCAGCUCUUUUCCAUACAACAACAUUUCAUAGAGACCACAUCUUUCAAGUUUCAAAAAGGACCAAAAACACCAUACGAGUAGUCUACACACUACUACAAGUUUUCUAAAGCUGCAUGAUAGCUUUGUUGAUGAAAGAUCAAAACUGAAUACUUUUUCACAGAAAAUCUUAAAAUACUGAUUUGAAAUGACUCGAGGCUGAGAAAAAUAAGGAUACCAUUUCCAUUUUUGGGGUGAGCUAUUCCUUUAUAAUCUCAUAAAUAGACACAUACUUGCGCACGCACACAAAAACUACCUUCAGUUACAAUAAUUUCCUCAUAAAUUAUGUAUUGCUGCAUAACUUUUGUAUAUUUGUAAACAUUGGCUAUGUGAAAUGCUGAAGGCAGUGUUGUGAAUAAUUUUAAAGAAUCAAUUUAAUGUUUUCAGUCUGAACAUCAAAACUUUUAAAGGGAUCACUUUGUGUGUGCAAGUGUGUGUCGGUUUAUUUUUAGGUAAUGUAUGACGGUGUGUGCGCAAGGUCUUGCGUCUGUCCACGAGGUUGUACUGUUGCUCAUUCAGUGGACCUCAGAUUCACAGAUUCCAGGCCCCAUUCCACAAACCUUCCCUCUUCAUGCUGAGAUUCAGAAUGGCUGUGCAAAUCUCAAUGCACUGAUAUUUUCAUGAUUUACAUUUAACUUGAUUAUUUACUAAGGAUUUUUCACAUGUUUUGGUAAUAGCUUUAAUUUAUGAAGCCACAAAGCACCAUUUGCAAUGGUUUGUUCAACAUUAACAUUAUAUUGCUUUAUUUUUAUAUUGUUUUAUUGAGCACCAAAGCCGAUGCAAAUUUUUAAGCAAGGAACACUGUUUGUAUUAUUUUUAAGAAUUUUAGCUGUACAUUUUAUUCUCAAAAUUGUAUCAACUGUACCAAUUUGUCACCAUUUUCAAACGACUUAAAUGCACUUUUGUUUUGCCAUUUUCUGUUCGGUACUCAGGAACAACAUGCAAAGGCAGAUGAGAGAAGGCAAACGGUGAGCUGGCUGCUCCGUUAGUCAACAAUGUGUCUGUGUGUGUGAGCGAGUGUGUGUUUAUGUAGAGGUGUGUGAGGUGUGCCGUGUCACACUGAUGUCCUCUUGUCUUUAAGACUAGCUGUAAAUCAGGCUCUUUGAAAAACAAUGGCAUCCAAGAGUACAUAUUAAUAAAACAAAAAUAUUAAUUCUACAAA